AAAAAUCGACAUGAAUCACUCCUUCAUCCAACAGCUCCAGAGCACAGGCGCCGAUUUGUUCUUGGUUUAUGAAAUCCUGGAAGCCUCAGAGGAGACCAUCUACGAGGAAGACACCAAGGAAGAGUGGAGCUUCUUUGCCUGGAUUUACGCCAAGUUCUUUGGAGAGGCCUCCAGAAAGCAGAUAGAAAAGGCAGUCAUACCCAAGGGCUGCACCCUGGCCUUCAGGGCCAUCCAGAUGAACAUUAGCAAAGGAGAAUGGGAACUGUCUUAUUUUAAAGAAGAUCCAGUGACAGGUUACCAAUUGUCAUAUUUCCCAAGACCAAAAUUAGACACAGUGGACAGAGAAGUUAAACAAUACUGUGGCAUUUUCUCCGA